ACAUCGAAUCAAGAUUUUAUGGACCUAAUAGUUUAUUAUACCAUUUUAAUUUACAUGAUCCAAAUGUAUCAUCAGAUGCUGCUUGUUCAUCUUCUUCAGAAACUUUACAUAUGACUGUGCAAUGUCUCCAAAGUUUUCUACAACAUUCAUUUAUUGGUGCACAAUCACCUGGUGGAAGAAGUCGAUCAUUUAGUGUUGAUGCUAAUGGCUAUGCUAAAGGUGGUGGUCUUGCUCUUUUACUAUUAAAACAAUUAAGUGAUGCUGAACGUGAUGGCGAUCCAAUUGAAGCUAAUUGUUUAGAUCGAUUCUUUAAUCAAUCAAAUCUUGAUCCACCAUUAUUAUUAGAUUUACUUAAAAGUAAUUUAGGACAUACAGAAGGUGCAGCUGGUAUUCUAUCACUUAUUAAAGUUGCUAUGUGUAUGUAUCAUCGUGGUAUUACAACAAAUAUGCAAUUUACUUCACUUAAUCCAAAAAUAGAUGCAUAA